UUGAUGCACGACAUUGAGUCGUUUUUGGCUCAUGCAAUGGGGAUGGUGGAGGUGAACGUCGGCAAGAGGAGGACAAUCGUCGCAGGGUUGAGUGUUUUUCCGGCGGGAGAAAUUUUAACCUUAAAGCGAGAGAUCUGCCAAGACGUCACGUCCAACGCCCAUCUCCUCUCCUCUCGUCUGGCACACCCAAGAAUCCCCAAACGAAAGCAGCGGGAUUAUUCAUGCAGAUGCAACUGUCCCAGAGAAUGACUCGGGGAUGAAAAGAGGCACGGGGAAGUGCGGGGACUGCCCUUUUCCCCCGCCCUGCGAACUCGGCUUGAAUUUAGUAGUAUCUCACCAGCACAAGGUAACGAGUAUUGAAUAGGUAAAGCUUACCAAUAGCUUCUCUUCAAUUCCCCCCUCUCUGUUCUCUACUUCUUUUAUGCUUUCUAGUACAGCUUUGGACGAAAAGAGACCUUGCCUCACUCCUCUAAUCCUACAGCAAGCACAAUGACCACCUUAACUCCCUCAUCCUCCUCAAAACUCAACAUAGCAAUCAUAGGCGGCGGCCUCAUCGGGCCCCGACAUGCAAAGUCCAUUCUCUCCAACCCGAAUACCUCCCUCAUCGCCCUCGUAGACCCGGCUCCCCACGGCGCGGCCCUUGCUUCCUCCCUCCAAACAGCCCACUACGCCUCUCUCUCCUUGCUCCUCUCCUCGCCGCACCGCCCCGACGGAGCGAUAAUCUGCACGCCGAACAACACACAUGUCCCCUUAUCCCUCGAGCUCAUAGCUGCUGGAAUACCGGUCCUGGUGGAGAAGCCGAUUGCAACGAGGAUAGAGGAGGGAUUAGGCUUGAUUGAGGCUGCGAAGAGGGAGGGCGUGAGCUUGUUGGUGGGGCAUCAUAGGAGGUUUAAUCCUUAUCUGCUUGCUGCGAAGAAAGUGCUCGAUGAGGGGAGUUCGGGGAAGGUGAUUGCGGUGCAAGGGACGUGGUGUUUGAAGAAACCGGAUGAAUAUUUCAAUGGGAUCGGGGCGUGGAGGAGAGGGGAGAGCGGUGGUGUCGUGUUGAUUAAUCUUAUUCAUGAGGUUGAUUUACUUCAGUAUUUGCUGGGGAAGAUUGUGCUUGUGAGUGCAUUAGAGACGGCGAAGACGAGGGGGUUUGAGGCUGAGGAGGGGGCUGCUAUCCUCUUGAGGUUUCAGAGUGGAGUGGUGGGCACGUUUAUAUUGAGUGAUUCGGUGCCUAGUCCUUGGAACUUUGAGUCUGGGACGGGCGAAAAUCCAACGAUUCCUCAUGUGGAGAAGGGAGAGGGGGCUGGCGGCUUUUAUAGGAUCAUGGGCAUGGAGGGCAGUUUGAGCGUGCCGGACUCGAAGAGGUGGAGUAAUGAAGGUUGGAAUGAGGUGUUGACGACGGAGGAUUUGGAGGUGGAUAGAGCGAAGGUUCCAUUUGAUUUACAGGUUCAGCACUUCUAUGAGGUGGUGAGGGAAGGGAAAGAACCAAGUUGCACUGGGGAACAAGCUUUGAGCGCGAUGGUUGUUUGUGAGGCUGUGAAGAGGAGCAUGGCGAGUGGUGAAGCGAUGGAGAUCGACGGGUUCGAGAUCAAGGAAAUAAAUUCAUCAAGAUCUAGAAUAUGAACCAUAGAAGAUGUAUGCAUAGUUUGCCCUUUGAAAGCGAG